UGGGUACAACAAGCCAUUGCCUGUUAUGAAGUCAGAAGCUGAAACAAAAGACAUACUUGUUCAGAGAAGUUGACUUUUGGAGGAAGAGAAAGAAAAUGGAGCAACAACUUACCAAGAGGUGGUUCCCUCUUGUCCUAGUUUGCCUCUCCCACGCCUCUCCAUUGACACAUAAACCAACCUCCUAUUUAAUCUCUCUCCCUACGUGGUGGAGACUUCCCUCAAAGACAGCCAAGGCAGAAGCACCUGCUCUUGGUUUACUACUCGGUGAAGCUCUUUUCAUCACAGAACAAGCUUCCGUGGAUAUUUCAUAAACCUUCCUCUUGGAUCUAGCUCCAGAUUGGGUCAACUUCUUUGCUGAAAAGAAGAGCCUGCAGCCCACCGCAAUGAAGGUCAUCAAAACACUCUUGGUCUACCGACGUUUUCUCCUCAUUUUCUUCACUCCCCUCCUGCUUCUCCCAUUGCCUCUCGUCAUCAGAACCAAAGAAGCAGAAUGUGCCUACACGUUAUUUGUGGUGGCCAUCUUUUGGCUCACAGAAGCAUUACCCCUGGCCGUUUCGGCGUUACUUCCUGCUUUAAUGUUCCCAUUGUUCGGAAUUAUGGCUUCCAAACAGGUGGCAUCUGCUUAUUUCAAAGAUUUUCAUCUGCUAUUAACGGGAGUGAUUUGUUUGGCAACGUCAAUAGAGAAAUGGAAUUUGCACAAGAGAAUUGCCUUGAAAAUGGUGAUGCUGGUGGGUGUUAAUCCUGCAUGGCUCACCCUUGGCUUCAUGAUCAGCUGUGCCUUCCUGUCUAUGUGGCUUAGCAACACCUCCGCUGCUGCUAUGGUGAUGCCCAUCGUAGAGGCAGUGGCUCAGCAAAUCAUCAGUGCUGAAGCUGAAGUGGAUGGCUUGGAAAUGACUCACGCAAAUGGAGCCACCAAUCAUGCGUUGGAACUCGAUGAAGAUAUUGAUGAAUGCAAAGCAGUUGACUGGAAAGAGAAAACAAAGCAAUUUAAUGGAUACAGCAACGGGUCUGCUCAUGCGGUUCACACUGUGUGCAAGAUUGAGAAGGAAAAGGAGACUCCAGAACCAAGUGAUACCGGAAGAAAAUACCGAAACAAAAGGGACCACAUGAUCUGUAAAGUCAUGUGCCUGUGCAUUGCCUAUUCAUCAACUAUUGGUGGACUGACGACCAUCACUGGAACUUCAACCAACUUGAUAUUUGCUGAGCACUUCAACACGCGGUACCCAGGUUGCCAGUGCAUCAAUUUUGGAACCUGGUUUAUUCUUUGCAUCCCCAUCACUCUUAUUAUACUGGUCCUUUCCUGGGUUUGGCUCCUGUGGCUUUUCUUGGGUUUCAAUUUCAAAGAAAUGUUCAAGUGUGGCAAGGAAAAGUCGCCCAGGGAACAAGCCUCCGCACAGGUGAUUAAAGAGGAAUACAAUAAACUUGGACCGAUGAGCUACCCAGAAAUCAUCACCCUUGUCCUCUUCAUUCUAAUGGCCCUGUUAUGGUUCACUAGAGACCCUGGAUUCAUCUCUGGCUGGGCUUCAUUAUUUUCAGCAUACCCAGGAUUUGCUACCGAUUCAACAGCUGCCUUAAUGAUUGGCCUCCUCUUCUUCAUCAUUCCAGCAAAAACAUUGUCUAGAACUUCAAAUGGAGAAAACAUUGUUUUUGAUUACACUCCACUGAUAACUUGGAAAGAAUUUCAAGCCUGCAUGCCCUGGGAAAUUGCCAUUCUCGUUGGUGGAGGGUUUGCGCUGGCAGAUGGCUGCGAGGUCUCAAAACUCUCAGAGUGGAUAGGAAGUAAAUUAACUCCUUUGGGAUCACUGCCCAUAUGGCUGACUAUCCUCAUUUCAUCACUGAUUGUCACCACAAUAACUGAAGUAGCCAGCAAUCCUGCCACUAUCACAAUAUUUUUGCCUAUCUUAGCCCCACUGGCUGAAGCCAUCCAUGUGAACCCCCUGUAUAUAUUGAUCCCCUCCACCCUCUGCACUUCGUUCGCGUUCCUUCUACCUGUAGCAAAUCCGCCCAAUGCCAUUGUAUUUGCAUAUGGUCACCUGAAAGUUAUCGACAUGGUAAAAGCCGGUUUGGGUAUCAAUAUCAUCGGAGUUGCUGUUGUCAUGCUUGCUGUCAUGACAUGGGGGGUGCCCAUGUUUGAACUCAAUACAUAUCCUAGUUGGGCACCUGCUAUUGCUAACAGAACCGGACUUUAAGAAUGGAGUAGCAGCUUCUUUUUCUCGAUCUGCCUUCCCAUGCUGUGCUUCUUGUUUACUCUUCCCAAGGAUCGACACAUCUGCACUGAAGACGGUAAACCAAGACUCUUGCAGUCUCGAUACUGCAAUGGCAAGCGAGUCUGUGCAAGUGUCCAAUCAGUUUGGAUUUCACUCAUCAGGGUUGGGAAGUUUGCAACGGUGGUUAUGCACAUUCAUUAUGAAUGCUGAUUUGCCCCCGUUUUUAGGGUCACCAAAUAAUGUAGGUUUAUGACUAUAGGGGUGCUGGGAUAAGAGUGUGGUGGGUGGGUGGACAGAUAGCUGGAUCAAUAGAUUUUAAAAUGCUGGAAGGCCAUUAUUUCAAGCUUAUGGCCAAUGUGUCUUCCAGUCUCAACAUGUGCACUGAAGCAUUCUAUGCGUGCCUUAUAAGUCAGAGCUACAUGAUCACUUCACAUGGAGCAUGUUGUGCCAUACACUUGUUCCACGUAAGCCUACUUGCCCGGGGAUGAUUGCUGCUGGAAUCUGAUAGGAAGAUCUUUUCCAAGAUGAUCAAUGAAUGACUGAAAUUUCAGAUGAUCAUGCUGUGGGAAGAACUACCCAUCGGCCAGAGAAGAGGCAGCUUGCAUCUCUGCCUCCAUUCCAUUCACGGAUGCUGGCUUAUGUGGGUUUGGGAAUCGCGUGUGUGCUCAUUGCAAUCUAUUUUAAACUUUUAAAACUCUUUUAAGCGACAAAGACCUAGGUGUGGUAACUAGCAUGUUCUGCACUGGAAGCUAGACACAGCACCCAGUCGUGGGCAUGAGAUGAUGAGAGAAACCAUCAUGAUCCAAUGGGAAGUUUAUAUAUUAUUAUUUUAAAACCAGAAGAGCUUACCACAUUGUAUUGAUUCUGUCUGGAUUAGUUCUGCCAGAAUCAAUCAUAGUAAUAAAUGUGCCAAAGUGUGAGACAAUAGGAUCCUUAUUGCUGUAUUUCUUGAGCUAAAUAUUAAGCACCUUUUCUAUUAUUUCAGGGGUGUGGGACCUCUUUUAGCUUGAGGGGCACAUUCUGCUGUGGGUAACAUGUCAGUGAAGGGGGGGAGGGGCCCCAAACUGGGCACAGCAAUUCAUGCGACACUUACCCUUGUACUGUAGACUACAUUCCAGCCACACAAAAGCCAAGUAGGGUAGGGCACACAUACUGUAUCUAUCCAUCACCUGCCCAGGUAUCAUUUUUUAGACUGGUUCCCCUCUAUUGCCUCCAUAAUGAUGGGAAAGGGCUGUUGCUCAGAGGCAAAGGCAUACAUUACUCACAAAAAGUCCAAGGUCAUCCCUCUUUAGCUAGG